UCCAUCUGUCCCUCCUUUUCCACAAGGACUGAUGUCUUCCUGACACCUGGCAGCUGAGGCCAUCAUGGACUGGAGUGUUGGGACUGUGGAGCUGCUGGGGGCUCUGCUCUCAGCAGGGGGCUGGCUCUGCUCUCUGUGCACAACUAUGAUGCCAUUCUGGCUGACACUCUCCACAGACCUGCUCCCCACUGAAAGUUUGGAGGUGGGACUGUGGAAGACCUGCGUUAUACAGGACAUGGGCCUGCAGGAAUGUCAACCAUACAACAGCCUGCUGGGUCUGCCGCCAGACAUCAAGCUGGCCCGGAUUCUGAUGUGUGCUGCUCUGGGUUUUGGGCUCCUGGGCUCGGUGCUAGCUGUCCUGGGCCUGAACCUGAUCAACAGCUGCUGUCGCAAGGUGGACGACCGAAGCUUCAAGAAGGUCCUGAAGACAGCAGGUGGGACUUUGAGUCUGGCAGCUGGAAUCCUGGUCCUGGUUCCUGUCUCCUACAUAGCUCACCUGACUGUGGUGCGAUUCUUUGAUGAGUCGGUGCCGGAUGUGGUUCCUCGCUGGGAGUUCGGUGAUUCUCUGUUCUGUGGCUGGACAGCUGGAGUUCUGCACCUGGUGGCGGGAACACUGCUGCUGAUUUCUUCUUUAUAUCUGCAGGAGCAGAACCGGAAUCUGUCUGUCCACAUCCCACUGGUUCCAGUGUCGCAGAGACAACGGUCGGUCAGAAUCAGUACUGAGUACAUCUAG